AUACAUUAGUCUAGUUUCACUCUGAAAAGGCUGGAUUUUGUGGUAAGACAUUGGUUUUACAGCUGCUUCUCACCAGAGGCUGUAGACACCAUGGCUACAGAUUUAAUUGUAUGGGCUUGGGCUGUUUUUGUGUUGAGGACUGUGUUGUCUGAAGUUCCAGAAGGGUUAGGACCAGUUUCUGGCAGCACUGGAGGUUAUGGCCCUGAUUCCUUGAACUCCACAUCAGGAGAGGCUGCUGACUCUUCAAGUCAUGAACCUAAACCGCAUCAGUCUUUGUCUCUACACAAACCAGAGACCUUGGGAAAUCCUGAUGUGCAGUGGAUCCUAGCAAAUCCCUUAAGCUCUAGACGGGUUCCUUUUGGCUCUAAAUACGGCCACAAAGUUCUAGGUAGUUCUCAAGAGGGUCGAGGUGACAGCAACACUGCAGUGCCCCCCAGUUAUAGUAGCGCUUUACCAAGUAAUCCUGGAGGCAUGGUUGUCCACCCAAGCAGCUCUACCAAGUUCCCCCAGGGCCAGAGCUAUCAGUCUAGUGCAUUCAAUGUGAUUCAGCCAACCAACUCUAAAUUAUUUCAGAACAAAGAUGCCCCCAGCAUGGGCCAAGAUGCCCCCAACCCCAGUGAACCAGGCAGCCAAGAUGCCCCCAACCCCAGUGAGCCAGGCAGACCAGAUGCCCCAGGUGCAGGAUCAGAUGCCUCCAGCAUGGGCCAAGAUGCCCCCAGCCUCAGUGAGCCAGGCAGCCAAGAUGCCCCCAACCCCAGUGAGCCAGGCAGCCAAGAUGCCACAGGCAUAGAUGCCCCCAGCAUGGGCCAAGAUGCCCCAAACCCCAGUGAACCAGGCAGCCAAGAUGCCACAGGCCCAGAUGCCCCCAGCAUGGGCCAAGAUGCCCCCAACCCCAGUGAGCCAGGCAGACAAGAUGCCCCAGGUGCAGGCCAAGAUGCCUCCAGCAUGGGCCGGGUGAAUGACCGGGUGCUGCGAAGAUUUCCUGAACAGUUUUUAAGCCAAAAGACACAAAACACAGUGUAUAGAUGGCCUGUGUCAAGUAUUCAACUGCAGAGUCAACACAGUGGUGCUGUCCAAACUGAACAAAUUCAAGCAAGGCCUCAGACUAAUGACAGGGUGCUGCAAAGAUUUCCUGAACGGUUUACAAGCCAAAAGCCGGUGGAUGUAAUGCAACUCAAUGAACCAAAUUCUAAAUUCUUUCAGAACAAAGAUGAACUUGACCAAGAAACCAUCCAAUCCUCUGAAAUGCAUGAACCUGACGCAAGCACAGUGUAUAGAUGGCCUGUGUCAAGUAUUCAACUGCAGAGUCAACACAGUGGUGCUGUCCAAACUGAACAAAUUCAAGCAGGGCCUCAGACUAAUGACAGGGUGCUGCAAAGAUUUCCUGAACGGUUUAUAAGCCAAAAGCCGGUGGAUGUAAUGCAACUCAAUGAACCAAAUUCUAAAUUCUUUCAGAACAAAGAUGAACUUGACCAAGAAACCAUCCAAUCCUCUGAAAUGCAUGAACCUGACGCAAGCACAGUGUAUAGAUGGCCUGUGUCAAGUAUUCAACUGCAGAGUCAACACAGUGGUGCUGUCCAAACUGAACAAAUUCAAGCAGGGCCUCAGACUAAUGACAGGGUGCUGCAAAGAUUUCCUGAACGGUUUAUAAGCCAAAAGCCGGUGGAUGUAAUGCAACUCAAUGAACCAAAUUCUAAAUUCUUUCAGAACAAAGAUGAACUUGACCAAGAACCCAUCCAAUCCUCUGAAAUGCAUGAACCUGACGCAAGCACAGCGUAUAGAUGGCCUGUGUCAAGUAUUCAACUGCAGAGUCAACACAGUGGUGCUGUCCAAACUGAGCGGCGACCUUCCAUAGGGGCAGAUUUUCAAGCAAGGCCUCAGUAUUUUGCCCCCAGCGAACCAGGCAGACCAGGUGCAGGAUCAGAUGCCUCCAGCAUGGGCCAAGAUGCCCCCAGCCUCAGUGAGCCAGGCAGCCAAGAUGCCCCCAACCCCAGUGAGCCAGGCAGCCAAGAUGCCACAGGCAUAGAUGCCCCCAGCAUGGGCCAAGAUGCCCCAAACCCCAGUGAACCAGGCAGCCAAGAUGCCACAGGCCCAGAUGCCCCCAGCAUGGGCCAAGAUGCCCCCAACCCCAGUGAGCCAGGCAGACAAGAUGCCCCAGGUGCAGGCCAAGAUGCCUCCAGCAUGGGCCGGGUGAAUGACCGGGUGCUGCGAAGAUUUCCUGAACAGUUUUUAAGCCAAAAGACACAAAACACAGUGUAUAGAUGGCCUGUGUCAAGUAUUCAACUGCAGAGUCAACACAGUGGUGCUGUCCAAACUGAACAAAUUCAAGCAAGGCCUCAGACUAAUGACAGGGUGCUGCAAAGAUUUCCUGAACGGUUUACAAGCCAAAAGCCGGUGGAUGUAAUGCAACUCAAUGAACCAAAUUCUAAAUUCUUUCAGAACAAAGAUGAACUUGACCAAGAAACCAUCCAAUCCUCUGAAAUGCAUGAACCUGACGCAAGCACAGUGUAUAGAUGGCCUGUGUCAAGUAUUCAACUGCAGAGUCAACACAGUGGUGCUGUCCAAACUGAACAAAUUCAAGCAGGGCCUCAGACUAAUGACAGGGUGCUGCAAAGAUUUCCUGAACGGUUUAUAAGCCAAAAGCCGGUGGAUGUAAUGCAACUCAAUGAACCAAAUUCUAAAUUCUUUCAGAACAAAGAUGAACUUGACCAAGAACCCAUCCAAUCCUCUGAAAUGCAUGAACCUGACGCAAGCACAGCGUAUAGAUGGCCUGUGUCAAGUAUUCAACUGCAGAGUCAACACAGUGGUGCUGUCCAAACUGAGCGGCGACCUUCCAUAGGGGCAGAUUUUCAAGCAAGGCCUCAGUAUUUUGCCCCCAGCGAACCAGGCAGACCAGAUGCCCCAGGUGCAGGAUCAGAUGCCUCCAGCAUGGGCCAAGAUGCCCCCAGCCUCAGUGAGCCAGGCAGCCAAGAUGCCCCCAACCCCAGUGAGCCAGGCAGCCAAGAUGCCACAGGCAUAGAUGCCCCCAGCAUGGGCCAAGAUGCCCCAAACCCCAGUGAACCAGGCAGCCAAGAUGCCACAGGCCUAGAUGCCCCCAGCAUGGGCCAAGAUGCCCCAAACCCCAGUGAACCAGGCAGCCAAGAUGCCACAGGCCCAGAUGCCCCCAGCAUGGGCCAAGAUGCCCCCAACCCCAGUGAGCCAGGCAGACAAGAUGCCCCAGGUGCAGGCCAAGAUGCCUCCAGCAUGGGCCGGGUGAAUGACCGGGUGCUGCGAAGAUUUCCUGAACAGUUUUUAAGCCAAAAGACACAAAACACAGUGUAUAGAUGGCCUGUGUCAAGUAUUCAACUGCAGAGUCAACACAGUGGUGCUGUCCAAACUGAACAAAUUCAAGCAAGGCCUCAGACUAAUGACAGGGUGCUGCAAAGAUUUCCUGAACGGUUUAUAAGCCAAAAGCCGGUGGAUGUAAUGCAACUCAAUGAACCAAAUUCUAAAUUCUUUCAGAACAAAGAUGAACUUGACCAAGAACCCAUCCAAUCCUCUGAAAUGCAUGAACCUGACGCAAGCACAGUGUAUAGAUGGCCUGUGUCAAGUAUUCAACUGCAGAGUCAACACAGUGGUGCUGUCCAAACUGAACAAAUUCAAGCAGGGCCUCAGACUAAUGACAGGGUGCUGCAAAGAUUUCCUGAACGGUUUAUAAGCCAAAAGCCGGUGGAUGUAAUGCAACUCAAUGAACCAAAUUCUAAAUUCUUUCAGAACAAAGAUGAACUUGACCAAGAACCCAUCCAAUCCUCUGAAAUGCAUGAACCUGAUGCAAGCACAGCGUAUAGAUGGCCUGUGUCAAGUAUUCAACUGCAGAGUCAACACAGUGGUGCUGUCCAAACUGAGCGGCGACCUUCCAUAGGGGCACAUUUUCAAGCAAGGCCUCAGUAUUUUGCCCCCAGCCCCAGUGAACCAGGCAGACCAGAUGCCCCCAACCCCAGUGAGCCAAGCAGACCAGAUGCCCCAGGUGCAGGUCCAGAUGCCUCCAGCAUGGGCCGGGUGAAUGACCGGGUGCUGCAAAGAUUUCCUGAACCGUUUAUAAGCCAAAAGACACAAAACGCAGUGUAUAGAUGGCCUGUGUCAAAUAUUCAACUGCAGAGUCAACACAGUGGUGCUGUCCAAACUGAGCGGCGACCUUCCAUAGGGGCACAUUUUCAAGCAAGGCCUCAGACUAAUGACAGGGUCCUGCAAAGUUUUCCUGAACAGUAUACAAACCAAAAGACAGUGGAUGUAAUCAAAGUCCUUAAUGAACCAAAUUCUGAAUCUCUGUAUGGCAGUAAGACCUCACAGGAGGCAAAACAGGCUUCUAAUGUUUUGCACCAAAAAGAGCAGGGGAGCCAGCAACCUAUUCAGUCUACUGACACCACUGUGAGUCAUGGUGUCCAGAUGCUGGAGCCCAGUAAAACCAACCCUGUCCAGAGUCCAAAUGAGUUUUAUUCAGAGCCAGACCCACAGUUUGGAUCUGAAGGCACCAUAAGGCCUGGUUCUCAGUCUGCUGCCACUGCCACAGAGAUACUGGGCACAACCUCAGGCUACUUGAGUCCACAUGAGCCAAAGUACCAGCUACCUGCUCAGACCAGCUCUAGCUACAGCUAUGGAACUAGUGGGCAGCUUGCUAAUAAAGGGGAUCCAGUGCCUUCUGGAAGUCAUGGCCCUAUCAGAAGCCAAGGUGGAGUUGAGGGCAGACAGCCCAGUGGUGAGCAAAACUUGCCUUCAAGAGUUGAUGCACUCAAUCGGCUUAAGCAAGCUCUUCACAAUGUGUCAAGAGGUCACCUGUUUCACUCUGUUAUGCAGAGGCUUAUUCCAGCUAGUUCUCCCUCCUGGAACAUGGGUGAAGGAUGGGAUUUCCUUGGCAGUGCUGAGAACUCCCCAUCCUUAACCGGAGACCAAAGUCAUUUUGGAGAUGAUGGAAAUGACUUGUCCACCAGUGUGAGUCGAGGUGAAACUUCCAGCAGCAAGAGCAGCAUCAGUCAUGCUCCUGAAAAUGUUGGAUCUGGAAAAAGUGAUGGUGGCGUCAUGUCGCCUUCACCUUUGGUGAACGUGUAUGGAAGUGGAUCUAGCAGUGCCUUGUCCAAUGCUGUGUCCUCCCACAGAGGCAAUGAUGGCUCCGCAAGGAAGGGGACCACCAUCCAGCAAACUACUAAAGAAGCCCCUAAAGGACCCUUGCAAAUGUCGGCUGCCUGUUUGACACGUAAAGUAAUCCCUGCCCAGAGGAGAAUUCCAGCAAAAAGCUUCUAUCGGAAAAUGUCUGCUGUGAAACCAGCUAAACACCAUUGGCCUCUCCUUACUCCAAAACGGUUUCGCAAGCUAAGGGUCCUGGAAGGAAAAUGUGAAGGGGCUGCCCACAAACUUUAAAAGAAGGGCUCUUCAUCCCAUCCUGACUGAUCAUGAUGUGCUUUUUUGACGGAAUUUUAAAUAAAUGCAUAAAUCUGA